CGUCCCGCCACCGGUUCUGCCUUAUCUUCCCCCUACCCGCUUUCCAGUUCCUAUCCUAAAGCGAGUCCACCUAAACAGUCUUCUGUUCCUCUUUCGAUCCGUUCCUCCCAUCAGAUGUAUGCCCAAAAUUGUCCGUAUGGAAUCACGCCUCAUCCGCUUAUCUGCUUCUCACUCUAUUCGAUUUUGGCCUCCAUUCCAUGUCGGCAUCGUCGGGAGAAGAAGGUGGACUAACGUUACCUUCGUCUAUACGCAUUCUGUGUACUUUAUUAGGUAUAAGAUUCUGGAAGCAAUAGGUGGGAAAUAUAGCUCAGAGCUCUUCUCAUUCUGGUUUUGUUAG